AUGAGAGAGUAUGGUCGACGAAAAUUCGUAUUCGGGCCUCUUGCACUCAGGGAGUUUUGGGAGAAGGAGAGAUCGCAAAUGUCGAUAGAUCGUGAGCCAUGGAAGUCUAUCAAAGCCUACCUAGAAUCUAUCGCCCGACGUGAAAUAUCGUGGACCGGCAAAUAUGCGUCUUCAUCCGCCAAAGCUCCUGGAUACCUAAAACUUUCGGAGGCCCAAAGAUCCCCAGAGGAGCAUAUUCAACUCCUGAACAAAUAUCUUGAUGCGAUCUCUGCCGUUAUCCCCAGUAACCCCUAUGUGAUCCGCCCAACGAUAUAUCACCCGGACCUUCAUAGAGAUCUAGUAGAAAUUGACUGGCAGUCUAUAUGGGCGGCGCCAUUAAUUCUACAGGCGAGAGCUUCUAGACUAAUCGAUUACAACGGAGGGAUUAUAUUGCAUCUUCCCGAAAAUUUCAAACAACUGGACCAGGAUGAGAAAACCCAUGUUCGGGAUCAAAGUAUCACGUCAUUAUCCGAAUUGGUGUCCUUUGCGGGGAAUUCGUGGGAUGACGACAUUAUUCCCCUCAGGGAAUAUCUGAUCAGGCUUGAGAGGACGACGCAACAGGGUUUAAACGAGACGCAAGACUUUUGGGAUAUGCUAGAAGGAACAGUUGACAGGACUGGCUGGACUACGAAUGAGGAGGAUUUCGAAGGUGCGGUUGACUACUUUUUGAAGUUAAGGGAGACUAGUUUGAAGACAUUAGAUGGCACCGAACGGGAGGAGUUCGAAUUGAGGACUCAUUGGGUUCUUGGUCACAAACGUUAG